CACGUCGCCAUGUUUGUUUCCUGUUCUGUGAGCGCAGACAGCGGUAACGUGCUUGAAGAUCAGGGUUGAAGGACAACUGUUCAUAUGUCUUAUUCUAGCGAUUAAAACUCAUUUUCAUAAGUCCAUAUUAUUGUGCUGUGCUUUAGAAGUGUCUCGGCGUUGACUGUUUUAAAGAAAAAGAUGUUUAGAAAAAGUCAGAACCUAAAAUAUAUAUUAAGUCUUGUACCUGGAAAAAGACGUUUUGGGACGUACAGGUUUUUGCCCUUGUUCUUCUGUAUCGGUGGCGUCAUGGAGUGGACCAUGAUUAACGUGAGAAUAGGAAGAGAAACGUUUUAUGAUGUCUACAGAAGAAAACAAGCGGAGAGGGAAUACCAGCACAAGAUCGAAGAGCGCUUUGUGCUCACAGACUCUGAAGCCAAAUGAGAUCUUCAGAACACACUGGAAAUAAAUGAUCGUCACAUGAUAAAGAGACUUGAGACUUUUGCACAUUAACACACUUUUGAUAUCAUUAAAAAGUGGGUAUAUUAUUAUACAUAAACUGUAGGGCAGUUGGGACAUCAUGGACUGUUUAUGAGGACAAAAUGAGGUGCAGAAAUCUUCCAGUGUUCGUUUCUGUUAAGAAGAUGGCAUUUUUUUGUAUUGUCUAAGAAAUAAAGAUGGCUAUUUACACACACAAAAACA